CCCACUUUUUACACACGCUAAACGCCUCCUGGCUGCAACAGGCCAGGCGCAAUGCUCUCAAUAGUGGCUGGCUAAGCUAGUUAGCUACCAUUCAUCGAUAGGCAGAACCAGGUCAAGCCAGUCUGUGCUUAGCCAAACCUGAACAAUUUCCAAACAAAACUGUAGACUAGAAAGAGUUUUCAAGUUACAGGAUUUUUUGUAUCGCAAUCCUAUUAAGAAAACGUGAAGCAAGCGAGUUAACUUAGCCUGCUGAUAAAUACCUGGCUUGACCGUAGCUACAUACUUUAGCACGCUAGUGGUUGCUCUGUGUAACCAAACCUGCCGCCAAAUAUCCCUCGAACAUUAUUGGGACAUUAAAAAGUAACGUUACGGAAUCAGGUCUGCAGAAUGGCGAGGCCUUCUAGGAAUAAGCGGGUGGUCGAUUAUGCCCAAUUUCAAGAGUCGGAUGAUGCUGAGGAAGAAUAUGAAGGAGAUUCUGACAGACCCAAGAAGGCACUGAAUCAGAGUGAUGAACCUCGAAUUAAAGACCACAAGAAGGACUUAAGCGAUGAUGAUAAUGAUUAUGGUGAGGAGGAAGAGGAGGAUGAUGGUGGUGACAGUGACUAUGAGACUAAAAAGAUUAGUAAGGGAAGCCAGGCGACUGCUAAAAGGAAAAGAGCUGCAGGUGACAGUGAUGACGAUGAGAAGGUUGUGAGGAAGAAGGGUCGGCAAGUGAGGCAGGCUGCUAGUAAGGCAGUCUCCAAACAGAGGGAGAUUCUUCUUGGCGAUGGAGGCAGUGGAGAAGAGGAGGGGGAGGAAGAGGAAGAUGAAGAUGACAGUGAUGUUUAUACAGGAGAGGAUUCAGGCAGCGAUGAAGAUUUUAUGGUGGAAGAUGAUGACGAUGAUAGCGACUAUGGUAGGCCUAAGAGGAAGAACUCAAAAGUCAGCAGGAGGAGCAAAGACAAGAAGUCCCCGAAACCCAGAAUAAAAACCUCAGUGAGCAGGGGGCCAAAAAGGAAGAGAGGAAAGCGUCAGACUAAAGCAAAGAGGGUUGUUUCCAAAAAAGUCAUCCCUAAAGAUGAGGACGAAGACAUCGAGAGCCCUAGGGAGGGAGAGGAGGAGGAGGCACAGGAGAAGAAAGAUGUGCAAGACAAGAAGAAAGGCGAGAAGAAAAAAUCACCCUCAGCCAAGAAGGCUGAAGAGAGCGCUGGGGAAGGGGAGGACAACGACGGCGAUGAGAAAGAGGGGCAAGAGAGUGAAAAGGAGAAAGAGGAAAAGGACGAUGCCUCUGAGGAGGAUGUUCCAUCAGGUGAAGACUGAGUGUCUUCUUACUGAUGGCAGAAAAUUGUUUUACCUGGUUUUUGUCUUUUCUUAUUGUGGAACAGUGGAGUUUACUUUCCUCACUGCUCCGGUGUUUUGGAUGUUUGUUUAUUUCUUUCAUCCUGUAAAUACAAUAUUUCAGAUGAACUCUGUGAAGUAUCAUCCACACUAUUUGCAAACCAUACCGCUGAAAUUCCUGCACCACUUUCUUUAUAUCCAGCUUAUGGUAAUCUGUAAUAAUAUCGAGCAUUGCUUGAUGACAUUUUUGCUAGUUUAAUCCCUGUUCAGUUACAGAGUAAAGAAAGUGGUAGAACAUUUAUCACACCAUCAGGAUAUUCACUGAUGAACAUUUAUGCAAAAAAGUUUUGUUAAAUUCCAACAUCUCACAAAAUGUAUUUGCAGACUUCAAUAGAGAAUAAUAGAUUAAUGAUUUGCUCUAAUUCAGGGAAUUGUAUCUCUGUGGAUUAUUGCUAUUACUAUUUAGCUAUUAUUGCUAAAUACAAGAUUAGAAAUACUUCCGUAGGAUAUCUUUUUUUUCUUUUUUUUUUUUUUUUUAGUUCACCACAUAAGCAUAUCUUAUGUUCUCACUUUAUUAAAUGUGUUUCAAAGGUGUGGGCAGUUUUUUUUUAACACGAAGUCUCACCAUUUCUUUUUGCCAUUAAUUCAUAAUUCAGGCUUUACUCAAUCAUCAAUCUCGUUUUUCCCAAAUAUUACCCCACACCACAAUAUAAAAAUUUUUUUUUACUUCUAAUCUAAGGACACGAACCUGGAUCUUUUCGAUUCCAAAUGUUACCAUGUUUUGAAAUCAGUUCUACAAAAUGCUUGUUCGCUGGAAAAGAGUGGAAGGUUAUACGUCACCUUGUACAUUCUCUUUUAACUGUUGAAAAAAAUGCUAACGUUAAAAGAUGUUAACAUUUUUAUGAUGCUUUUAAAACAGUUUUGCUUUGAACAUUUCUGCAGCUUAAAUGUAGCCUAUAAUUGCAUUGUAGUACCGCAGUUCAUUGAGUGGCAUUACGUGUGUCGUGAGUUAUGUGUAGAUGGUGUUACCAGCGAGGUAGCGUGUACAAUGGUCUGGGUGUAUGAAUGUUAGAAAGGCUGUCAGAAGCGAGCUAGUAACAACCUUAUUAUUGACUUUGUGAUGCUUAUAUGUGUAUUUUUUAAGUAUUUUGAUGCUUAUAGAUGCCUUUCAGAUAAAUGAUCUGUGGAGCCAGUUGGAUGGUAAAGCAGAAAAUAAUUCAGUUCACAUGAUCCUGAGCUUUCUCUGCUUCUUUUGUCUAUUUCAAUGACUUCUAUCUUUGUCCAGUUAUGUAGCCUUUCAAUCUAUGAUAAUUUAUCUAAAAUAAAACUAAAAUAAAAAACUUUGUUUUAAUUGA